GCGCCCUCUACCGCGGGGCGACGGCCACGACCACCGACAUCGUCACACACAUCAAGCAUGACUCGGCAAGUUGUGGAUAAGUUCGAGCUCACCCGAGAUCAACACUUGGAGUUCACCGCGCGCACGAAAUCCCACCUCAGCAACAUGUUGCAGCUGCUCUCGCUAGGCCAGCAGAAGCAGCACCAGCUUGGCACCAAAGUACACGACAAGAUGGGAUUGCGUGCGUACACCGACGGCGACAGCACGACAAUCACGGGCCACUUGGCCACGACCAUGAUGGACCUCGAAUACGGAGUGUACGCGACCACAACUAAGCAAGUGCAGACUGUGGCCGCGAUCCUACACAGCCACCAGUACGACGACGCGGGGCUGCUGGACCUGCAGCAGUCCCACACAAUCGAAGAUCCGUUUCAGUUUGUCGGCGUGAAAUACGUGGCCUUGGCCCGCAAAGGCAUGUUUGCCAAACCGCACCAGAUUGUGUACCUCGAAGCCACAGGAUCACUACACGACGACGGUGUCGCACGACUGUAUCAAAUGGUCGAGUACGUCGACUUGGUCCAUGUCUACACGGCUAAGGCCACGUGGAGCCAGGCGAUUCGGCCCGUCUGUUCGACGCUAACGCUAUUCGAAGCGGACCCGAACGACAUCAAGUCCGUCCGCGUGUUCUCGAGGGCGCGGUACUCCAAGGACACCCCCAGUCCACUCCAUCAGAUGCAUCAACCUCCGGCGUACUGGGAGUACGUGCUGUCGCUGGCGUCCCUCGCCGUCUCCAGGCGGCUCGUCGAUGCCACGUCGCUCGUUCAACAUUGGGUGCCCAACAGUUCGUGCAAAACAUGCUCGGUGUGCGACGCGGGAUUCAAAGCGCUUCGCCCAAAGCACCACUGUCGCAGCUGUGGUGAGAUGAUGUGCCACGCAUGCUCGAUUCCCAUCCAGUCGCCUACCGUCAUGCACAAGUACUGCACGAAGUGCGUGCUCAGGUCGCGGGAGUUGCGCGGCAACGACAAAGUGGAACUGCCGCGCAAGCAGUCGGUGCGACGGCCCGUGCCUUCGGCCACCAGCAGCAGCAGCCACGAUGGAGAAUUUUUGAGGUCGAUCCGUGAAACCACCAAACACUUGAACACGCCGUCACCGUCACCGUCACCCCAUCAUCAGCAGCAGCAUGUACUGACACCACCCCCACCGGUGGAACACAAGCAACUGAAAGCACUGGAGAAGAUCACUGAUUCCAUUGCCCACCAGGAGUCGCUGAUUGUGAGCAUGCGGGAAGCAUUGGACAGGCAGAAACGCUUUGCAGCGGCGUCCAAUUCGAUCACGUCCACCGCGGGCACGGCCGACUCGUACACGGCAGACGAGCUGUUGGACACCCUGCCGUCCGAACAGCAUCGGUUCGAGUACCUCGACACAUAAGAACGCAGUCGUCGUCAGGUUGCGAGUUAGUUCUACGUGUACCCACCCGAUGAACCAGGAAGUCCUGUCAAGGGUCGUGCCUUUGACGUUGUACAACGACCGGCCAGUGUUGUCUGUGUCGUGUCCGUUGUUGCACAGUUGCUCAUAUUUGUGCCAAAACCCCUUGUUUGAGUACCCACACUUUUAAUAGUUCAACCAUAUUUGUCCGACAUGCCUCGAUAAAGCAAG